AUGAAUAUUUUUAAUAUAAAUAAUUUUAUUGACUUUGUGUCUAGUUUAGAAAAAGAGAAUAUAAAUAAAUCAAAAAAUAAAAUUGGAAAGCAUUUCUCAGAAAUUUACGAUUUGCGUUUAGCUACAAUUCUUAGUAAAAUCCUAUUUAAAUAUGAUUAUGAUUUAGUCAUUGAUGAAAGAGAAUAUUAUGAUGAUGAUGUAAAUUUUAGAAUUGAAUUUGAUCAAGAAGAAAUUAAAGUUAUACACUCAACUUGUGAAGAAUUUUAUCAAAAUAGUUAUUUUAAUAAAGAAAAUGAACUUCUUAAGAAAAUUAAAAACGUUAAAGAAUUAAUUCAAAUUACAACUAUAAUAAUAAAAGAAGAUUUUUUUACUUAUAAAGAAGGCUUUAAAUGUGCUUGGAGUAGUUUUUCUUAUAAAAUCAAGCUGUUUCAACAAAAAUUAAAUAAUGUUAAUGAGUUGAUUGAAGUUGAAAAUUCCACAACAUAUAAUUCUAUCCAGCACAUUUUUAAGAAAGAUUGGAUUUUAUUACAUUCGUUUAUAGAAUUUAAUAUAAUUGAUAAUUAUGAAUUUCUUAAAGACUUAAGAAAAAUAUUUUCAAAAUCAGAAAUAAUUAGAGGAGAGUUUUUAGAUAAGCUUUUUGAACCACUUAUUGAAUUAAAAACUAUUUUAAAUUUAGAAAAAGAUUCUGAAUCAAAUUAUUUUUCAUCAAUGAUUACAGAAAUACAAAAUAGAUUUAAAAACAUGCAAUCUCAAGUCAGUAAUAAUAGAGAAAAAUUAGUUGAAAAAACACACUUUGGCAAAAAUAGAUUAAGUAAGUUUAAAUUUAAGAAAAAUUGGGCUAAGAUAUUCGGUAUAAAUAAAGGUGUCUAUUCACUUGAUUUAAAAAUAUCUAAAAUGAUUGAUUUUUUAAAUCGUAAAUCUUUAAAUCCUUAUAUUUUUAAUGAUUUUGUAUACGGCGUAUCUACAAAAAACCAUCUUUAUUUUAAAGAACUGAUAAAUGUUUGUAAACGUAUACAAACAUAUACUUUAUUUGUUUUUAACCCUUUUAUAACUUUAUAUUUAACAGUAAAGGAGAAUUGA